AUGGAUAAAAGAAAGAUAAAAUUAACUGGAUUGUCACUGUUUCUAAUAAUUAACAAGUUAAUAUCCAGUGAGAGCCAAUGCUUGAAAGACGAACCAAGAUGUGAUUGUUCCAUGUACAGGAUAGAUUGUAUCAAUAAAUCCUUAGACAGAAUCCCUUCAGGAUUUCCACCCACAACUAAACAAAUAUACCUAAACGACAAUAAGAUAGCUGGUGUUCGAGAGGGCGUAUUUGUUAGACUCCCUCGUCUUUUAUCCGUGAAUUUUUACAACAACCAUAUAUCGUACAUUGAAUCAAAGGCCUUUUAUAAUCUUUCCUCGUUGGAAGAUAUUGUUUUGAAUAACAACAAUUUGCAACAAAUUUUCCGAUGGACCUUUCUUGAAUUAAAGCUUUUAUAUGACAUAUACCUACAAAACAACAACAUAUCUGUAAUUCACAGGGAAGCAUUUGUAGCACUGCCGAGGCUCCGAUCAAUAUACCUUACAGGAAAUGCCAUUCAUUGUACAUGUGCUAUAGAGUGGUUUGCUCAAUUCCUCAAUGCACACCCCAUCAUAUCCCAGAGAUCAGCAACACAAUGUGCAUACCCUCCUGAUUUGAAGGGAAAGGAGGUUACUCUUGUGAACUUCACACGUCUGAACUGUGUAGAUACACAUUCCAGUAUUGCUGUUAGGAGUUCUGGUGACUCAACGAUACCAGCUUCUUAUUAUUUAGCUACAGGAUUGAUUUUAGGAAUGCUGAUAUCAACAGUGUCCUAUUUUCUCAUACGAAAGAGAAAACAUUCUAGAUGCAACGGUCCCACCAAUAAUGAAGAGGCAGACUCCCCUGUUAUAUUUACAACUGGAUGUCAGAUGUCAUCUCUCUCCUCAUUACGGGAUCUGGUGGACUCUUCAAUGGACAACGUGACCUAUUACAGCCAUAACAGUGGAUUCUCUGGAGACUUGGAGGAGGAUCCAACCUGCUUCGCCAGCGGAUACGAAACCUGCAGUGGGUCUCCUAUUUCUGGCAAUAGAUACAGUCGGAUUCAACGUGUGAACAGCGAUUAUGAAGAUAUUGCUAAUGUUUGUCGAGAGAGCAAGUCCACGCAGACACAGAUUUACAGAAGACCAACUGUAUAGCUUGUUCAGAUGAAAUGAAAAUAUGAAAAAAGGACUUUCAUAGUGAA